AUGUCCUUCGGGGCCCUCAGCACAUUUGCCCCUCAACACUAUCCACACGGGCGGCUCCCAGAGAGUGCCCUGCGCUGGUUUCUCAAGCCGGUGCUCGAGUGCCUUCACUACAUGCAUGCGAGAGAAAUGGUCCAUUUGGAUGUGAAGGCGGAUAAUAUUAUGGUGACGUGGUCCGAUGAACACGGCCGCUGUGGAGCUCAGGCCACGGGAUCCUAUCGCUUUCCAGUGGCCAAACUCGGUGAUUUUGGAUCCGCUCGUUGUUUAGAUAAGAAUAAGAAUAAGAAUAAUAAUAAUAAUAAUAAUAAGAGCAACAAACCAACCAACCCGGAUGCUCAACGUAAGCGAAGCAGCAGCAGCAGCAACAGCAGCAGUCAUAAGAAGAAAAGGUCGGUUUCUCCACACGCAGAUGAUAUGUGUUGUGGAACUCCCGGAUUUAUGGCGCCUGAGAUUAUCAGUCAUCUUCAAAAUACUUCCGAUGCGUUCAGUCCAGCCGCAGAUGUUUGGUCCUUCGCCUGCACAGCACUGCAAUUAUUGCGUGGGGCCCCACCGGUGCGUCCAGACACACACGUGGCGGCUAUUCUCUUUGAAACGGCAAUGUUUCCCGAACGCAUUCAGAAGUUUAUACCUCCUGUGAGGGAACCGGUAUCUCCUACAGUUAUCAUGGAUCAUAAUGAUAAUAAGGAUAAAGAGGAUGAAGUGACCAUCUCUGCCUCUCUGAGGGAUUUGUUGUUGAAGUGUCUUCAUCCGGAUCCAAAGAAACGCGCCACCACAGCGGAAUUACUGCAGCAUCCAUUCUUUAUGAAAGAAACACGACCGGAGGAUAUUGGAAUAAAUGAGGAGAAUCAACCACCACUUUAUUACGGUGGAACUACUACUACUACUACUACUACUACUACUAGCCAAUCUUGUGAUACUAGCAGCAAUGUUAGUAGUAAUAUCCACAAUGAGUUUAAUUCCCUCAUCCAAUGUCAUUAUGGUGGUUUAAAGGAUAUCAGUAACACUACUGGGAUGAUGGGAAGUACGUUAAGUACGCUUUUUGAUGGCCUUUCAAACAGUGAAGGAGAAGACUGUGAUGAAGGGGAUAUAAUUUAUCACUAA